AUGUUGGCUGCAACGAUCACAGCAGCGCUGAUCUAUUUUAUGGUGCAAAGCUCAGGAGCCUUGGCCCUCGGAACAGCAUGCUGGGAUGAACGCCUAUCAAGAGCGGGGAGAAACAGCAGCUGUGUGGCUUCACAGCCCUUCCUGAUAUUUGGCCAUGGUAAAGCCAUUCAUCGGCUCGACCUUGAUGGGAAGAACCAGAGAAGGCUGGUGGCUGGUGUGGGAAGCUCUAUCCUACUCGACUUUCAUUUCAGAGAGGAGGGGGUUUACUGGGCUGACAAACACACUGGGGUCAUCUACAAAGCAACACUGAGAGGAGCUCACAAACAGAAACUGUACUCAUCUGACAGGCAUAUUUCGGGCCUUGCAGUGGACUGGAUUUGGAACAGUGUAUACUGGACGAGUCAAGAAAAGGGAAAAAUCAAGAGAAUGGAUUUAAAUGGGAAAAAUGAGAGAACUCUUUUAAGACACCUGACCCAACCAAGCUCUGUAGUUGUUGACCCCAUUAACAGGUUCCUUUUUUGGCUGUCUGGUGGAAUGACUAGGAGUAUCCAAAGGUCUGAUGCAACAGGACAGAUGAAAACUACACUUAUCAAGAUAGCGGAGCAGCUGAAAGCGCUGUCGAUUGACCGAGAGGCCAAAAGGCUGUUCUGGGUUCAGUUUGGUCUGCAAGGAGAAAGCGCCAUUGCCUCUUGUGAUUACAACGGGAACGCCCUGCACUUCAUAGAUCAGCCACUUCAGUCUCAGUCACUGGGGAUAUCAGUUUUUCUGGAGCACAUAUACUACACUGAUGCUGCAUCUCGGGUUAUAAAACAAGUAAACAAGUACACAGGUGGAGAGCCACUGGAUGUUAACAUUAAACGAAUGGCAAAACCCCCAACUGAUAUCAAGGUGGUACAUCCCCUCAACCAGCCGCAGGCAGACUCCUUAUCACCAUUCCCAGGUUGUGACAAACAGAGUGGAAACUGUGUGAAUGUGUGCUCCAAUGUAGCCGAGCAAGGGGUUUGUCAGUGCAGUGAGGGCUUUGCUCUCAAUAAGCAAGGCACUUAUUGUGAAGAUGUAAAUGAAUGCGCUCAUUGGAACCAUGGCUGCUCUCUUGGCUGUGAAAACAUCCCAGGAUCCUAUUUCUGUACCUGUCCUAAAGGAUACGCCCUUCUACCAGACAGGAAGACAUGUCAAGAGAUCAUACCAUGUGAAGGCAAUAUGACGGAGUGUGGCCAGGGAUGUCUGACAACAGAUGAGGGCUACGUCUGUGUGUGCCCUGAAGGAUCUAUACUACAGGAGGAUGGACAAUCCUGUACUGGUUGCUCAUCUGCAGACACAGGGGGUUGCAGUCAGCUCUGUACUCCUGUCACCCCUAGUAGGUGGCAGUGUGGUUGCCUGUCUGGCUACCAGCUCCAUCAGGAUGGCAAGCGCUGCAUUGCUACUGGUGAGUCAUACCAGGGACCACCACCCUAUCUGCUAGUUGCUAAUUUAGUAGAUGUACGAAGAAUUAAUCCUGACGGCACUGAGGAUCAAACCCUGGUGGAAGAGCCAAGAGGAACAAUCAUAGCUUUGGACUAUGACCCGGUCCAGAACAAUGUGUACUUUGCUAGUACAAGCAGGAAGACAAUUGAGCGAAUUGAUUUGAAUGGUGGGUCCAGAGACAUUGUUGUCUCUGAGGAUCUGAACUCUCCAGAGGGACUGGCGAUUGAUUGGGUCCACCGCAGGAUGUACUGGACUGAUAAAAGCCAGUCAGCUAUUGACUGCAGUACCUUGGUUGGACUUAACAGAGAAACUAUUGUAAGUAAAGGGCUGGAAAAACCAAGAGGAAUCGCGGUUCAUCCUCUGGCAAAGAAGUUGUUCUGGACUGAUAUAGGUGCCCAGCCUGUGGUGGAAAGCGCUUCUUUGGAAGGGAAAGCCCGUUCUGUCAUUGCAAGCACUAACCUUGUGUCACCUAGCGGCCUGGCCAUCGAUUUCACAGAGGAUCGUCUGUUCUGGUGCGACCAGCAGAGGGGUCUGGUAGAGACUGCUGCCUUGGAUGGCUCAGACCGACGGAUCCUGUUAGAGAACCAAGUAGGUCGACCUUUUGACCUUGCAGUGUUUGAAGACAGCCUCUGGAUCUCUGAUCGGGAGCACCAACAACUGAGGAGCGUACACAAGCGGACUGGGAAUAAACUGCAACAUAUCCAUGGCAACAUGGUCCAACCAGCAUCCAUUGUGGUGGUUCAUCCCCUCGCUAAACCAGGGGCAGAUGUUUGCCUUCAUCUCAAUGGAGGCUGUCCACAGGUGUGUGAAAGCAAACUGGGAUUCGCCCACUGCUCCUGUCUGUCACAGUACAUACUAUCAGCUGAUGGAAAAAGCUGCUUGCCUGCUGAUGCUACAAAUGGAACAGCAGAAUCUGGAGACAAUGAAUCUCCUGAUUUAACAACUCUCAAAGGCACUGAGCCAGCUCUUUUCACAGACAAGAUGGUCUCAGACCAGAAUGAGUGUUACUCACUCCGCUGUGAUGUGAAUGCACAGUGCCUGCUUCAUUCGGGCAGCCCUACCUGUUCAUGUCUGGAAGGUUUUAUAGGUGAUGGACAGCUAUGUGUGGAUAUUGAUGAGUGUCAACUGGGAACACACAAUUGUAAGAAAAACACAGAAUGCCAAAAUACCUUGGGAAAGUAUCUCUGCAAGUGCCAGGCUGGAUACCAGAGCAAUGGCCAAACAUGUCAAGAGUUGGAGACCACUUCAACAUGGGUGACGACUGGUAGCCCUGCUGACGUCACCACUCGCCACCACAACAGUAACUCAGUGGAGAGUUGCCCCUCUACCCAUGAGUCCUACUGUCUGUAUGAGGGUGUCUGUUUCUACUUUCCUGAAAUGGAAUCUUACGCUUGCAAUUGUGUAUCGGGCUACAUGGGGGAGCGCUGUCAAUUCAGUGACUUGGAGUGGUGGGAGCUUCAGCAGGCCGAGGAAGAGAAGAGGAGAAAUGUGGUCAUUGCAGCCUGCAUGGUGGUGCUCAUCUCCCUGCUCUCCAUUGCUGCCUGUGUCACCUACUGCUAUGGAACAAGAAAAUUCUUCCACAAGCAGCCCUCAGUGGAUAAUGUGAGUGAGACCAGCGUGACGGACGAGAGCAUGUCAGAAAACACCACCACCAGUUUCUACAUGCUGGUAGAAAAUGGUGUGGAAGAAAAAGUCAUCCCUGCCAUGGGCUGUCCCAGGAGAGCUGUCUGUCCAUCAUGCUCUUCAGAGACAGGUGACAACCAUGUGUCUGAGGAUUCAGAAACACUUUCCCAACACAACAGAGGGUAUGAGUGUUCCAUGGUGUCGGCUGUUGCCAUGGAGAUCACCAGACCCACUGUCCAAUCAAGUCCGUCAUCAUCAAGCCCAUAUUCCUGUACAACUUUCAAGCCAACACCACUUUCCCAGACUACCAACCCGGAGUCACCUGCUUCCUAGCUCAGUGAAGACAUUGACACCACUGUACAGUUAAACGCACACCUACUGUAACAUGUGGCUGAUGUACAAACUGCAUAUGAAGAGUUUCAUUCCAAAAAUCUAAUAUGCUUGAAAUGGAAGAGAAGUGCCACUGGAGCCGUUGCCUAUAAAAGUGAUUUGUGGCAUUUUUGAUCAAACAUAAAUUCAAGUUUAUUGAUCUAAAUUGUAGAAAAACAAAGUUUUGGCCAGUCUAGUGCAUGUAACCUCUUGUAAACACAGGUAUUUAGUAGCAAAAAAGGAAACUACAGUUAACACAGACUACAGUGCAUUGCAAAACACACCACAGCAAUGAGUGCUCUCUCAAAAUAAAAUGAAACUGCAGAUUACCAAUAUAGUGUCCCUAACCCAAAUAUGAUGAAUAUGAGCUAUAAUCAAGUGUAUUCUGGAAGUGGCACAAUGGUGUAACAACACCAGGAGGAGUACAACAACCCCCUGAUUCUUAAUUAUUUCACAUAAAUACGUUUAAUAAUAAAAUAUCAUAUUCUAAACCACUUUCAAAAAUACAGCAUUUGGACUGAUACUCUUCAUUAUACUAACUUAUGUGAUAUUGUAGCUGUAACAACAAAAUACUUGCUAUGUAUACAUAUGUACAGUAUGUCUUUCCUACAAACUUGUAGAGUACAUAUAUAUUAUCAUGUGUUGUAAAAAGUCAUGUUUGCUAAAACCACACAUACACACACAGAUAAACAAGUGAAUACUGAAAAUGAAAAACUACUUCCACUGCUUGGUUUUGAAAAUAGUCAUAGUCACGGAUUUUCUGACUAAAACAAAUCAAUUUCUCUUUGCCUUCAACCCCAUCAACUUAGUACACGUCUCUGUGUUUUGCAUGUUUUAGUCACAAGCAUUUGCUUUGCUCAGGAUGCGGUUGACUACUAAAACAUUGGACUCCACAGGGUGUUUUGAAUUAGUUUUAUGUAUUUCCCCUAUCACUGAAUAACAGCCUUCUCAAAUUUCCUUGGGUUAAGUUGGUUGUAGGAGAGCAACAGAUGAACAGUAACUGCUUGCUUGUGUUAUAAAGGGACACAAUUUGUUUUUGUUUAGAAAUUACUUACAAAUUACUUACCUUUUCCCUAUUUGUUAUGUAUCUUAUGUAGUAAUUUUAUGACAGAUUUUCCUUUCAGCAUAUUGUAUUUUGACCUUCAAGGAGCAGUUUUGUCAGGUGCAGUGUGGCUCAGUGAUAACCCAAUUUUUAAGAUAUGUUGGUGGAUCUUACCAAUCAACUCAAAUUGACAAAAUGACUUGUAAACAAUAUAAAUGGCGAACAUUACCAUGGUAAUAUUUAGUCAAGCAUAGCAAUUAUAAUGCCAGUGCAUUACUAUACUAACCUGAGGACUGUGAUACUAUCAGCAAAGUUUAGGCUAUAUUUAGUUUAUACAAAAGAACCAUGUUUACCUUGAGUCAUACUUUGAUCUAUGCUUGUAGAAAUAAGAUGAGGGUAAACUGAAAUGGGUUGCUGAACUGAACUGGACUAUUUGGUUUAGGAAGGGAAGGUAUCAUUCUGAUUUCUUUACAGUAUGAGUUUUUAUAUCCCCGAAACAGAAACAGCCAAUAUUUAUUUGGAGAGCACAAGCAACAUUCAGAAUUUUUUUUCCAGGACAUAUGUACUAUAACUGGGAUUAGAAAACUGCAAGAUAAAGCUUGUUUUUAUUUCCAUCAAUAAAACUAUACUUACAGAAAAUGGGCUGUGUUAAAAAC